GCCGAGGCUCCACCCCCGGGCUGGUUCCGGCGUCUGUCAAAUCAGAGAUUGCGAAAGUUGGAGGCGACGCACAUUUGAGAAAUGGAUCCGGCGACUCAAACACUCGGACAUUCUUUACCACAAUAAAAGCCCCCUCGCGGCCAGGCAUGACAGAUGAUCAAUCGUCAUGGAAACCACUGAGAUGAGCGGCAACUCGUCCUCCGGUGGGGAAGACAUGGACCCCCACGCAGCGCACGCGAUGAUGUCCAUUAACAAACUGUUCCCGGCCCUCCUCGAGUGCUUCGGGAUCAUAUUGUGUGGUUACAUCGCCGGCAGGGCCAACAUCAUCACGUCCACACAAGCCAAGGGACUAGGGAAUUUUGUGUCAAAGUUCGCCCUGCCUGCCCUACUGUUCAAGAACAUGGUGGAGUUGGACUUCGGGGACGUCAUCUGGCCGUUUCUGUGGAGCGUGCUCAUCGCCAAAGUGUCCGUGUUCUGCAUUGUCUGCGUGCUCACCUUGUUUGUCGCCAGUCCUGCCAGCCGGUUCUCCAAGGCGGGCCUCUACUCAAUAUUUGCCACUCAGAGUAAUGAUUUUGCCUUGGGCUAUCCAAUCGUCAACGCCCUGUACCGGGACACCCACCCAGAGUACCUCCAGUACAUCUACCUGGUGGCCCCCGUCUCCCUGGUGCUCCUCAACCCCAUCGGCUUCGCCUUCUGCGAGGUGCAGAAGUGGAAGAACCAGGGCGACCGGCAGCAGAGCAAGCUGUCCAUCGUGGGCCAGGUGGCCUUCCAGGUGCUGAAGAACCCCGUGGUCUUCAUGGUCUUCAUCGGCAUCAUCGCCCACUUCCUGCUGCAGCAGAGGGUGCCGGCCUUCAUGGUGGACUUCGUGGACGGCCUGGCCAACUCGUUCGGGGGCGCGGCCCUCUUCUACCUCGGUCUGUCGAUGGUGGGCCAGCUGACCAAGCUCACCAAGUCCACGGUGGUGGCGCUCAUCCUGCUGGUGACAGCCAAGCUGUUGGUGAUGCCGCUGAUCUGUAAGGACAUGGUGGACCUGCUGGACAAUACCAACACCAGCGCCGCCAACCACUCCAGCCUCUCCAACUACGCCUUCAUCUACGGCGUCUUCCCCUCCGCGCCCAGCGUGGCCAUCUACGCCGCGCACUACAACAUGGAGCUGGAAGUGGUGACUUCCGGGAUGGUGUUGAGCACCUUCCUCUCGGCUCCAAUCAUGUACGUGUCGGCCUGGCUGCUCACCAUCCCCGGCAUGGACCCCAAGCUACUGAUGGAGUCCCUGAGAAACGUUAGCUUCGACAUUAGCAUCGUCAGCUUAGUGGCACUGGUUUGGACCAUAGCCGUCAUGUUUCUCAGUAAGAAGUACAAGCGACUGCCUCACAUGUUAACUGUCAACCUCCUGUUGGCCCAGCUCCUAACCAGUAUUGGCAUGAUCCUGUGGAACUUUGCCGGGAGCUCGGACAAUUUCACUGGGAAGGUUUUCACGUUCAUGCUGCUGUUCACCUCCCUCAACAGCACCUACGUCUGGCCAGGGCUCAUCGUUCUCUGCUUGGUGCUGAUGAAGAGGAGUGAUGAGCUCAAGGUUUACCCGGGACUCCUGGUGAUCAUAGGCUGGGGGGUUCCUGCCCUAGUGACUGCAGUGUUGCUGAUUUCUGGGGAAAAGGGAGACUACACAAUUGACCCGGCGUUUUUCUACGGCAGGCCACAGCUCAUCUGUAGCGCGGUGGUGCUGGCCCUCAGUCUGGUGCUGGUCGGAGGGGCUCUGGUGGGGCUCAGCAGGGUUAGCUGGGAGCCCAACUACCAGGUCCUGGGGUCCGACCGGGCCGCCGAGGAGACGGCGUCCGGGAGAGAGCCGCCGCCGCCGCCGCCACAGGGGGGCAGCAGCGCGCCCGUCGUCGAGGCGAUAAGCAUCAACACAACAGAGUGCCACAUGUGCGAGUGUGCGCCGGUCGAACCCAUGCCGGAUAUGAUUAUCAGCACAAACAUAAACGACGCAUCUACAACAAACCCAGGUCAAUGUGGAAACAGCUGCGAGGUGCAGGACUGUCUGCUGGUUGAAGAGGAGGAGGAGCAGCAGCUGCUCAACCUGGUCACAGACAGACAAGUGGCCCGACACUCCCUGCUCAGCCUGCUUCUGACUGUCAGCCUGCUGGCUAACCUAUCCAGCUGCCUGUGGCUGCUCUUCAACCACGUUCCCGGUCGGCUGUACCUGGAGCUGCAGUUCUUCUGCGCUGUGGUCAACUACGGACAGGGUUUCAUCUCCUUCGGUUUGUUCGGGCUGGACAAACACUUGAUCAUCCUGCCGUUUAAGAAGAGGUGGCAUGAUCUGUGGAACAGGAGGAAGCGGGAAGUGCGAGUGCCGAGCGAGCUGCCCGUGGACGUCCAGAUGACCUGCCUGCAGUUCGUGAAGUACCACAAGGACCAGUGUUCCCAGGACAUCGUCAAGAAGAAACGUCUUGCAGGUGCGGGGAGCGGACGGCGACUCACACCUUCCUGGGCAGCGACCUGGUGGCCUGGCUGCAGCAGACGGGCCUGGCCCAGGACCGGGGCGAGGCAACGCUGUACGGGGCCCGACUGCAGCAGGGCGGGGUCCUGCAGCACCUGCGCCAGGAGCACGACUUCCAGGACAGCAACUUCUACUACCGGUUCACAGACUCCGCCAGUACGGGGUAGCAGUAGCCGCUGACGGCGGUUAGCUGUGUUUUGAAUGGGUGCGCUUAGGGACCGUGGGGAAGAAAAGGAUUGCAAAAGGGUGAAACGUGGUGUGCGCACGCGCUACAUGCUACAAUUUGAGAUUGUAGGUUUCGAUAGAAACUGCAUGGAAACUGAAGAAUAACAUUCUCGUCCUCUAAAAACCCGUGCUUGAUGGCCAACCGUAUCAGAACGCACGUACAAGUACUUCCAACUGACUGAAAAGAUUUGCUGCUUUUGUAGUAACUAACUCAGGGAUCGGAAGUCCUUUUUUUAUUUAUUUUUUUGCUUUUACUAAAAAAAAGGAAUAAUGGACAUUUGAGUAGGCCUACUACUGAUUCUGUGGAAAUUGUUUUAACGGGCAUCAAGAAGCAUGUGUUUUAUUUGUAUUUAUUAACAAACAUGUUUUCAUCAUCUACAAAAUGAUUAUACAAUAUGAUUGUAGCACUCUGCGGUCUGUAGUGGAAUCUGACACACACAGGAAGUCGUAUGUGCCUUUUAUUGGACUGUCAUAGCGGGCUAUGAUAUAUGCUGCUUCAGCCGCUAAAUCUAUUGCUAGCUAAUCUCAAUACAUUAAGAUUUUUUUUUUAAUUAAAAACAAGUUAAGGGAAAUUAUUUCACUGAAUAAUGUGCAUGUGUUUGAUCAUUUUAAUAUAGUCUUUAAACUGGAAGAACGGGCUGCAGGUAGUACAUUUGCAUAUUAAUAAAAUAAUGUUCAU